UUCACACAAAACCACUUCAUCACAGUUGCCGCUACUCACAGCUCCAUUCGUAGAAGCAGAGAUAGCAAAGAAACAAUGGCGUCCCAGGCCCUUGAGUGCCACCAUGCGGGUGCAGAGGUCUUCACCGGAGACGCCACAUGCAGGAACAUGUCUGUGAAGCUGCUGGAGGAGCUCGGCCUCCCCAUGGGCCUCCUUCCACUGGAGGACAUCCAGGAGUUCAGGUACAACCGUGACUCGGGCUUCCUUCGGCUGGUGCAGGCAAAGAAUAUUGAGCACACCUUCAAGAAAAUCAUGCAGAAGGUGUCGUACGACGCCGAGGUCACGGCAUUCGUCGAUAAUGGAAAGCUGAGGAAUAUCACUGGCAUAAAGACCAACGCAAUGAUGCUCUGGAUUAGCAUCAAUGAGGUUUACGUCCCAGAGGCCUCACCAGAGAAGGUCACCUUCAAGUCCAGCAACGGCCUCUCCAGGACCUUCAAUGCCACUGCCUUUGCUCUUGGGGAAUGAGGGAUCACAAAAUGAAACAGAAAAUUAUGGGCACGUCAAAUCCUCAGCCAGUUUAAUGUUAAAAACAACCAUGCUCCAUAUAUGAUCUUUUGAAAACAAUAAAUCUGUAUAUUUGAUUUUAUUGUUGGCUCUGUAUGUUUUUUCUCCUUUACCAUUUUCUCUGAAUAAUGAUGUUCUUUAUUGAAUAUAAACUGUAAAAGGAUUGUGUU